GCCAUUGAGGGCUUCCGGUUCUCGUCGAUGGAGGCCUCGUCCAGCUUUGGUGACGACCGGCUUCUCAUCGAGAAGUUCAUCGAAAAUCCGCGACACAUCGAAAUCCAAGUGCUUUGCGAUAAACAUAAGAACGCCUUAUAUCUGAACGAAAGGGAGUGUUCUAUACAGAGACGCAACCAGAAGGUGAUAGAGGAGGCGCCCAGUGUUUUCGUUGACCCCCAACUGCGUCGACGAAUGGGCGAACAGGCGGUGGCACUGGCGCUGAACGUGGGCUACGACUCCGCGGGAACCGUCGAGUUUCUCGUCGACUCAAAGAAAAACUUUUAUUUCCUCGAAAUGAAUACUCGUUUACAAGUGGAGCACCCGAUCACUGAAUACAUCACUGGUAUAGAUCUCGUCCACCAAAUGAUUCGUAUAGCGAAAGGACAUCAACUGAAGCACAAACAGAGCGACAUUCAGUUGAAGGGCUGGUCAGUGGAAUCCAGAAUAUACGCUGAGGACCCCUACAAGAACUUUGGUCUGCCAUCAGUGGGUAGACUCACUAAAUACAAAGAGCCGACACAUAUCGAGAACGUCCGGUGCGAUAGCGGUGUGAAGGAGGGCUCGGAAAUCAGUAUAUAUUACGAUCCACUCAUUUGUAAAUUAGUUUCUUAUGGCAAGAAUAGAGGAGAAGCACUGAAAACCAUGACUAAGGCAUUGGACGCGUAUGUGAUCCGAGGCCUAACGCAUAACAUUCCACUUCUCAGGGAUAUUAUGACUGAAGAGAACUUUGUUUCGGGAAAUAUUAGUACUAAAUAUUUACAACAAACAUAUCCGGAUGGGUUUAAAGGCAAAUCAUUGACUCCCCAAACUUCACAAAAGGUAUCCGCAAUGGCCGCCGCCAUCUUUGUCAGGGACACCGUUCGGGCCAUGAAUUUCCUUAAUAUUGUCACCACUGAUGACUCCCUACACAACCCUAUCCUCGACUAUGAGCUAAAGGUCCACAUUGGAAGUGGAGAAUUGGUUUUACCGGUCAAUCUCAAGAUAGAAGAUAAUGAAUAUGUGGUUAAUUUUGGAGACAAUCAAAUUAAAGUGAACAAUCAAUUCUCAAUGGCUUCAUCUGCUCUCGAAUUUAAUAUUAAUAAUGAUUUGCAUUUAAUUCAAUUGAUAUCAAUCGAUGGCACCGGAAGAAUGCGUUUACAAUACGAGGGAACAAUUUAUGACAUUCACGUGAUGUCGGAAAAAGCGGCCAAAUAUUACAAAUUAAUUCCAAUUAAACCGAAACCAGAUGUCAGCAAAAUAUUGAAGUCACCGAUGCCUGGAUUAGUGAAAUCGGUUUCCUGUUCAGUGGGAGAUAUGGUGUCUGAAGGACAGGAGGUUUGCGUAAUCGAGGCCAUGAAGAUGCAGAACAGCCUAUCGGUGAGCACUGCCGGCAAAAUCAAAGCCAUUAACUGUAAGGCCGGCGACACUGUAGAUGACGAGCAGAUUCUCAUUCAACUCGACCGUGAACCCAAAUGUCCUGAUGGGGGCUGGGGUUGGGUCGUAGUCUUCGCCAGUUUCAUGAUCCAUGUGAUCGCUGAUGGAGUGACCUAUACUUUUGGCAUCUUUUACUACGAGAUCCUUAAGUAUUACGGAACCAGUAAUGCCAUGACAUCUUGGGUCGCAUCCAUUAUGACGGGAACCACUUAUUGUCCAAUAGCCAGUGCGCUGACAAAUAAGUACGGGUGCAGAAUUGUCACUGUAAUCGGGGCCGUGUUGGCCAGCAUUGGACUCUUGUUGAGUCUUAUGGCGCCGAAUGUGAUUACACUGUACUUCACAAUUGGCAUUUGCACUGGUUUUGGGUUCGGCCUAAUGUAUUUGCCGGCGAUUGUCAGUGUGAGCUGUUAUUUCGAGAAGAGAAGGGCAUUCGCCACCGGCAUCGCUGUCUGUGGAUCAGGCAUCGGUAGUGCAGUUCUGGCGCCACUUAUUGAAUGGUUAAUUGGAUGCUAUGGUUGGAAGGGAGCGAUGCUUAUAGUUUCGGGUCUCACUCUUAACUGUUGUGUCUUCGGAGCCCUAUUUCGACCCCUCGAUGAAAGUUAUGACGACGAAGACUGUGAUGAUCAAGAUGUGAAGAAACCACUGAAGGAUGUGGUCUCCCAUUCACUGUCCACAUCAGAUGCACUUAAAUUGAAGCCAAUGUUAGAAAUAAAUGUGACGACAAGUAUAGAAGAGGAAGACGAAGAUUUGGACAAAUACUGCGAGAAAGAGAAUAACCUGAAGAAUGGUUGCAUAUCUUUAGCCAAUAAUCUAAACGAAGCGGUCGAUGAAAUGAGAUGUCCGGCCAGGCAUUCAUUUUCAGUCAGCAAAGUCAAUGAAAGCCAAACCACAGAUAAUAUCAGUGAUAAUUUCAUACAAAACGCCACGAGUUUGAGUUCAGUCCAAGUCUGCAACACUGACCUCCAGAACACCAAAGACUCGGAGCGGAGAAGAUCCUGUUCUCUCUCACCCGGAGUUUUAUAUCGAAAGGACAUCUUCUACAGCGGAAGUCUACUAAAUAUUCCGCACCACAAGUCUAAUCCAGAUCUAAUCCAAGCGCCCAAGAAGUCAACUCAAAACAAAUGCUUUUUGUUUCGUUGUCUACACUGUUCCCAAGAAAUGAUCGAUACGUUCACCGAAAUGCUUGACUUCACUCUUCUGAGAACCGCUUUAUUCUUGUUGUUCGCGAUCUCUAACUUUCUCACAUCCAUUGGAUUCUUUGUUCCGCACAUCUAUAUUAAGGAUCGAGUGGUAGGUCUGGGCAUAGCCUCUGAACAGGAGUCGGGAUUCUUUAUAGCAGUCAUAGGGAUNAUAAUUGGAGAGAUAACCGAAGACCAGUCGCCCGAAUGUACUCGCGAUCCCUAUGACUGCUAUAAAGAAUCCCGACUCCUGUUCAGAGGCUAUGCCCAGACCUACCACUCGAUCCUAAUUAUGGAUUAA